AUGUCGACUCCCAUUCCUACGCGCAACCUCGGAGGCGACGCCUCGAACGUACAGGUCGGUGCAAUCGGCUAUGGCCUUAUGCCUCUCACCUGGGUCGCUCCAGAGCGUGUCAUUCCUGACGAACAAGCCUUUCCCAUCCUCCUAACCGCGAUUGAAAAUGGCGCUACAUACUGGAACUCGGCAACGUUUUACGGAUCUGACGACCCUUGGGCCAACAUUAAACUGAUUGGCCGCUUCUUUGAAAAGCACCCUGAGCACAUUGAUAAGAUCACAAUUGGUGUCAAGGCUGGCUUUAACCCCACCGGAAACCUCGCAAACCCUGACAGCAGCGAAGAGAACCUUCGCCGCGAGCUGGAAGAGUUGCGCUCUAUUCUCGGCAAGAAAAAGGUCGAUAUCUUUGGCCCGGCCCGCAGGGAUACUCGGAUUCCAAUCGAAGAGUCUACGGCUACGCUGGCCAAGCUUAGCAAGGAGGGUCUCUUUUCGCACAUUGGCUUGAGCGAGGUGAACGCCAACUCGAUUCGGUCGGCUGCCAAGGUGCACCCCAUUGCCACGGUCGAAGUGGAAUACAGUCCCUUCUCGAUGGACAUGGAGACUAAUGGUGUGCUGCAAGCCUGCAAGGAGAAUGAUGUGGCUAUUGUGGCCUACUCGCCUCUGUCGCGUGGCUUCUUUACCGGUACGCUACGCAAGCGUAGCGAUAUCCCCGAAGGCGAUAUCCGUCUUCAUCUCGACCGCUUCAAUGAAAAAAACUUUGACGCAAACGUCGAGCUCACUGACAAAGUGGCAAAGCUUGCCAAGACGAUCAAUGUAUCACCUUCGCAGCUGACUGUUGCAUGGGAGCUUCACCGCUACGAAAAGCUGAUUCCCAUCCCAGGAACGACCAAGAGCAAGAACCUCGUUGAGAACCUGAACAGCGCCCGCAUUCAGGUUUCGCCCGAGAUCCUGUCCAAGUACGACGCGCUCGCAGACGAGGUGAAUGCCAAGGUCGGAGGCUCGCGCUACAACGACGCUUUGAGCUCGUCGCUCGAGAAUUAG